CGUCUUAUCUCCUCACAUUUCUCCCUCCUGUUUAUAUAACUCAGCUCAAUCUCCCACCGCUCCCUCCCACGGACGACCUCAGCGACGGCCACCACCACGGCACCACAGCUCCCCUCCCUCUCCUCCUCUCCCCACUCCCCCCGCGGCCAUUACCGCAGCCUCGCCAACAAGCCGGUCGGGAUGGCUGCACUCAAGGCGUCGUUCCCGGGGGAGCUCAGCUCCGUCUCCUUCCUCGACUCCAGCAGGGGAACUUUCGGCCAGCACAAAGUGGAUUUUACAUUUCAAAGGAAGAGCAAAAGAGCAAUUUCGCUGAGAAGGACAUGCUGUUCUAUGCAACAGGCUCCACCACCAGCAUGGCCUGGGCGAGCUGUUGCUGAGCCUGGCCAGAGGUUGUGGGAUGGCCCGAAGCCUAUCUCGAUUGUUGGAUCAACUGGUUCCAUAGGAACACAGACACUGGACAUUGUUGCGGAGAAUCCUGAUAAGUUCCGAGUUGUUGCUCUUGCUGCUGGCUCCAAUGUGACUCUUCUAGCUGAUCAGGUCAAAACAUUCAAACCAAAACUGGUUGCUGUAAGAAACGAAUCAUUAGUUGAUGAGCUAAAAGAAGCCUUAGCUGAUUGUGAAGAGAAGCCAGAAAUUAUUCCUGGGGAGCAAGGUGUCAUAGAGGUCGCUCGACACCCAGAUGCAGUUACAGUUGUCACAGGGAUAGUAGGGUGUGCAGGGCUGAAGCCAACGGUUGCUGCAAUUGAAGCUGGUAAAGACAUAGCGUUAGCAAACAAAGAGACACUUAUUGCAGGUGGCCCUUUCGUGCUUCCCCUUGCGCACAAACACAAAGUGAAAAUUCUUCCUGCUGAUUCUGAGCACUCUGCAAUAUUUCAGUGUAUACAAGGUUUGCCUGAAGGAGCACUUCGUCGCAUUAUUCUAACUGCAUCAGGUGGUGCUUUCAGAGACUGGCCGGUUGACAAAUUGAAAGAUGUAAAAGUCGCUGACGCAUUAAAGCAUCCAAACUGGAAUAUGGGGAAGAAGAUCACAGUAGAUUCUGCUACUUUAUUCAACAAGGGCUUAGAAGUAAUCGAAGCACAUUAUUUAUUUGGCGCUGAAUACGAUGACAUUGAGAUUGUGAUUCACCCACAGUCUAUCAUACACUCUAUGGUUGAAACCCAGGACUCGUCUGUCCUAGCUCAACUGGGAUGGCCAGAUAUGCGAUUACCAAUCUUGUACACCUUAUCUUGGCCAGAUAGAAUCUAUUGCUCUGAGGUCACCUGGCCCCGUCUGGAUCUUUGCAAGUUGGGUUCACUGACAUUCAAAGCUCCUGACAAUGUAAAAUACCCUUCAAUGGACCUCGCCUAUGCAGCUGGACGGGCUGGGGGCACCAUGACAGGUGUCCUGAGCGCUGCUAAUGAGAAGGCUGUGGAGUUGUUCAUUGCUGAAAAGAUUAGCUACCUGGACAUCUUCAAGGUGGUGGAGCUUACAUGUGACGCCCAUAGGAACGAGCUUGUAACAAGCCCAUCGCUUGAGGAGAUUAUCCAUUAUGAUUUGUGGGCGAGGAGAUACGCAGCGAGCCUACAACCAUCAUCUGGCCUGAGCCCUGUCCUUGCAUAAGUGGAUAAUACAUACGCAUGCCUAUAGGUUGCUGUGAUCAUGGUGCACAGUGGGAGCUCUAAGAUAUGAAGUGUGGCUGGUAGCCUGGUAGGCGACGUGCCCACUGCUCCCGGUUUCCAUGGUCAAUUGGUCAUUCUGGAGCUAGAUGAAGCAUUAGUGUCCAUCUAGCUCCCCUCCGGAAUGUAAAUCAUGCCUUCGCAUGAAUAAAUUGCAUGUGUUCCUUAUAAAUUUUGAUGGCUGAAGCGUGGAAAGUCUGGGCCGAAU